UGUAGCCUUCUGGCGACAGUAGGAGUCGAGUCGUGGACAAACAUCAAACUUGUUGGCUUUACUGAACAUAUAUUAUAUUUAAAUUAAAAAUGCAAUUAAAAAGUAAGAUUGUGCUAUUUGUGAUGCUGUUUUGUUACAUCAGUGCUGAAGAAGAUAUGUUACCAUCCUUCAUAAAGAAAUGUGACUUCAAAGACAAGGAAUUAGGAAGCUGUAUAAGAAAGCAAAUAGAGAAUAGUCUGUCUCGAUUCACGAAAGGCAUUCCCGAGCUGGGCGUGCCGUCCAUAGAUCCUGUUCAACUGGACGAUAUCAAUAUCGAUGGCAAUGGUUUGAAGUUAAAAUUCGCUGACGCGGCCAUGCACGGGCUUAGUGACAGCAAACUGACAGAUCUUAAAGUCGAUAUUGGCAGCAACGAAGAAGAUUUUAACUUAGGCUUCAAGGGUAACAUGAGUUUGACAGCUAAAUAUAGUAUAGACGGCAAGAUCCUGAUCCUGCCCAUCAAAGGAGAGGGUGACGCGUUGGUAAAAGCAAAUAAUGUGGAAGUAAAUAUCCAGAGCAAACUGGUUCAUGUGAAGGACAGCAAAGGACGCAGCCAUUUAAAACUUAUAUCUCCGAAUUACAAAUACGACAUACAAAGCACAACAUUCGACUUGAAGAACUUAUUCAAUGGAAACAAGCAGUUAGCUGAAACAACUCUUGCCUUCGCCAACGACAACUGGAGACAGCUGAUGGACGAUCUCGCACCACCCGCAAUCAAGCAAAUUGUCCGCACCGUUAUUAAAGCAAUCAACAAAUUCUUCUCUAAAAUUCCCAUCGCUCAAAUGUUGGAAGGAUACAAAGAUUCCUAACUUUUAAUAAAUUACGGUGAAAUAGUUUAUAAUAUCUAUCCGCACUAUUAUUUUUCGUACAAGCGUAACCGGAUAGACAAAACAAGUGAUAUUUAACUAAAAAAUUAAACUCGGUUGACUGAUUCGAAUAUCUCUUGGUUGAUCGGAAGCUUGUAUAAGUGUAAGAUAAAAUGUUAACUAUUAGAUAAAAAUUUAACUAUCGAAUAAUAAUUUCCAAUAAAGUAAUUAAGUAC